GCCGCAUCGCCAGCUGCGGAACCUUCGCCCGGAGGCUGCUAUGCUGUGGACUCGCUCGGAUUCUUCGGAAGGCUCCACUCCUGCCACGCGCCCUCUCCUCCAUGACUACCCCGGGAGCAGCCGCCCUGGGGAGGGUCAUGCCUUCCGGGACUCCUGAGCUCGCUGCCUUGGCGGCCGGCUCCCCCUCCUCUGCCUCCUUGAAUGGGGCCGGGGGGCUUCGCGAGGCCCCGGCUGCGCUGCGCGCCCAGAGUACGGCGCCGCCAGCCACGGCGGGGAGCCCGGCGGCCGCCUUGAACGCCGAAGUUCCCCUCAGCAGAGUCCCUCUUUCCGUCGCCCAGCAGCCCCGGGCGGCAUCUGCUCCCGCGGCGGGCAAAGGGGCGCCUCCGGCUCAGCAGCUCCCGAAGACGCCCGGCGCGGGGACCAGGCUGCCGGCCCCUCAGCCCGGAGCCCCCAAAGCCCCGCAGACGGUGACAAUACAGCUACCUGCUAACUUCCAGAUCCCGCCGGGAACGGUUCUUGUCAGAAGCAGCACUGGACAGCUGAUGCUGGUGUCCCAACAAGCACUUGCUCAAGUGCAAAGCCAGUCCCAAAAGAACCCAGUUGUACGGCAAUCAUUGCCUGCAAAUGCACCCACAGUCAAAAUACAGACUGUACAGAAUCCUGGAACUCAAGUACUGAAAGUAUCAGCUGCUCCUCAUACAACAGUGACUGGGACAACUUCUUCUGUUAAUUCUAAUGUUAAGAAGCCUGCUGUAAUCCAGUCAAUAGCAUCAACAAAUAAUAGCAGCACCACAGUUGUGGCUGCAAAGUCUUUGAUUACCGGACCAUUGGCAAAGCCUCCUAUUUCUGAUUCUUCUGCACUCACUUUUGCUCCAAAGCCAGUCCCUGACACAGAAAGUAGGACAGGAGCACAGGCCAGCACCUCUACAGAAAUGCAGGAAAAUGUGAAAAAGUGCAAAAACUUCCUUGCAACACUAAUAAAACUGGCAUCCAGUGGGCCUCAAGCACCUGAAAUGGGGCAGAAUGUGAAGAACCUGGUACAAAGUCUGUUGGAAGCCAAAAUGGAACCUGAAGAAUUUACUAGAAAACUGUACAUUGAGCUAAAGUCUACCCCUCAGCCCUAUCUUCUUCCUUUUCUCAAGAAAAGUAUGCUUGCCUUGCGGCAAUUAAUGCCUAACGCACAGGCUUUUAUACAGCAGUGUCUUCAACAAUCGGGACCACAAACAGCUCCUCCUAUUUGUAGCACAGCAUCAUCCGCUUCUUCGGUACUUGCUGCCAGCACUCCUGUGACUGCGACCUCUCUUAAAAUUCCGACGGGGAUACCCUCCCAACAGUCUUCAGGUCCAGUCCUCUGUACAUCAGGGGUGACAAAAGGAUCUGGUUCUCUUCAGCUUGUUCGGACCACUCCUGCUUUGUCAGGGACACUCUCCCUUCAAGGUGCCAGUCCCGUUCCCUCCACUAAACUGACUACAGGAAUAAAUACUGUGAGAGCUGUACACCCAGUCUCCUCCACUGCAAUGGUGGCCACUGGUACCACUUCUCUCCAGGCUGUGAAACCAGUCCGUACCCCUGCAAUGUCGUCUUCGCCUGCAUUUGCUGCUCUUAGUUCCGCAAAGAUAGUCUCUUCUGCUGCAGCAACAUCUCUACAAGCUCUAAAGCCAACCUUGACUACUGCUGCAGCAACUGCUACAACAGCAGUGACCACGUCUCUCCAAUCCGUAAUGCCAGUUGCUGGGAAACCAAUCACUAUCAGAGUUGCCCAUCCCAGUUCUGUCCUUUGCCAUUCAGCUCAGACAUCACAGGCUGUAAAGGUAAAGCAGCUGAUAGUCCAGCCGCCUUCAGGAAGUAUCUUGAAAAAAGUGGUCACACUCGAACAGGCUUCACUCCAUGCUGUGAACAAAUCGGGUGAAAAAAUGCCAUUAAACACUUUGAUCCAGUCUGGCCAGCUUCCUGCAGGUUCCAUUGUGAAACAAAUUACCCUGCCAGGAAACAAAAUUCUGUCGCUUCAAGCAUCUCCUGUUCAGAGAAAUAAAAUAAGGGAGAACGGAACAAAAUCCUUCAGAGAUGAAGAUGACAUCAACGAUGUGACUUCUAUGGCUGGGGUCAACUUGAGUGAAGAGAGUGCAUGCAUAUUCGGAUCAAAAUCUCAAGCAAUCGGCGCAAUUAUCCGGUCUUGUCCAGAAGAACUCUUCCUUUCUUCAGAUGCACUGCAGAAGAAGAUCCUAGAAAUGGGUAAAAGCCAUGACAUUACGGAAGUUAAUUCAGAUGUUCUGAACUUGAUCUCCCAUGCUACACAAGAGAGAUUAAGAGGGCUUCUGGAGAAACUAACUGUAAUUGCUCAGCAUCGUACGAUGACCUAUAAGGGGAAUGACAAGUACACAAUAACUAGUGAUACAAGGGCUCAGCUUAGGUUUCUUGAGCAAUUGGACCAGAUCGAGAAGCAGAGGAAGGAUGAAGAAGAAAGAGAGAUGUUGCUCCGGGCAGCCAAGAGCCGUACCAAUAAAGAACAUCCGGAGCAGCUGCGAUUAAAGCAGAAAGCAAAAGAGUUGCAGCAAUUAGAACUUGCACAAUUGCAGCAAAUGAAGGCUAACCGUGCAGCUCUGGCAGCCAUUGGGCCAAGAAAAAAGAGGCCACUGGAUUCAUCUGGACUGGAGGGCUCAAACAGAUCACCCAGCCUUGCGAAACCAAAUCUUCAUCCACGAAUAACCCGCAUCUGCCUCAGGGACUUGAUAUUCUGUAUGGAACAAGAAAAAGAGCUGAAGCGCUCUCUAGCCUUGUACCAAGCUCUUCUGAAGUAACGGCUAGGCGGUUUGCGUUUUGGCUUGCCAGCAUUUGUUGCCAAAGAAACACCUGUUUGCACUAUCUUGAAGCCUUGGUUUACAGUGAUCACCUGUUUCCUUUUCCUUUUCCUUUUUUUUUAAACAAAGGGAACCACCUAGAACAGUCUACUGGGUGGUCACUAGAAACAUGUGUGCUGCCUGAAUGCACUGGAGAUAGAAGGCUUCAGGAGCCUGCGAAGUUCAGUAUAGGCAACACGUGUCAGUAUUUCAAUCUGCAAUAUUAUCCCAUGAAUAUUGUGCCUUGUAAUGCUGCAUUUGGGGAAGGGUGGUAUGACGAAUGUAUUUAAUCACAAACCAGCAGGCAAGCAGCUUGCUUGCGGGUUGCCUACAGGAUUCAACCUCGCUAGCUGUCCUAGUUUUUAGAGUUUGCUAUAGCUAGCUGGAAGAGAAACCACUUGGGAGCAAGCCAAAGAAGUGCCAAAGUGAGAUCUGCAAUCUACUGCCUCCAAAGAAAGGAGGACUCCCCAGUGGCAUGGCUUGUGCUGCCAGUACUACUGGACAGAUGAAGCAAGCUGGAACUGUAAGGGUGCGGGCAAGGAGCGUUUGGAAAUGUAGUUGCCGAAGUCUAAAAGGCAAAUCUGGUGGAACACUUAACACAUUUCAUUUCCAGCAUAACAAUGACUUUGGAUGUGUUCGGUUUUGCAUCUGUGCAGACUUUAAAGCAGAGAACUAUCUUGGAGGCUCUUGCAGUAUGGAACGCAUUCCCUGCUUUAUAUAAAGUAUAUAGAAUGUAAUUAUUUGAUCUCCUGCUUCCUAUAUUAUGGGAAUCAAAGAGGAGACAUAUAAUUAUCAGGGAUUUGAUCUUAAACUAGAAGUUUGGAUGCAAUUCCGAACUCCGCUUAAUAGGGAGAAAAAUUCUGCUGUGGCAUUUCGUGGGAGAGCACAAAACUCUGCAAAGAGCUGAAGUGAAAGUUCUGGUGGACUUCUAAGCCUGCCGUGAAUCACUCAAGAAGAAGUUGGUUGUGGAGAGCCAUAUGAAGACAUCUUUUGCACUUUUCUACAAAUUCUGCACUACCCUGUGCUCAUAAUGUAUAACAUUGGGUGUAUACUGGGAUGGGUAAGAGAUAGCAAAUGAAUGUCUUUACCAUUAAAGUCUUUAUUUUUAAAGGCUUUCAAAGCUUUUGGGUAUGCCACCUUACAAAUUGGGGAAACUGUCGAACUUAAGAGACCAGGACUACUGCAGAAUGUUGAGAGGCUCUAAUCUAGUUACAGUUUCUCUGUUAGGAAAACUGAACUAAGUUAGUUAAACCUACACAGUGAAUUAUUUGUGUGUGUGUGAAAUGCCAGCAAUAUACUGAUGGGAUAAGAAGAAAGAUAAUUGUAUAAUAAAAAGAAUAGCUUUACUAUUUAUGUAAAGUACAGCAUUUCCCCGGUUGUG